AUGAUGGACUCAAGAGUCGAAGAGGGCCAAAGCUCUAGGUCUGCUAACAUCCCCACAAGGUCGGCGGAGAGAUCCUCCCGGAUAUCCCCAAAGACCGUUCGUCAAAAACGCACCAGAGUAUCAGUAUCAACACAAACAAAACCGCCAGAACAGCCCGAGCCUGCUGCCAAAAAUGCGAGAACCAAAGGCAAGGGAAAGGAAAAAGAACCCAAAGAAUCAACAACCAAGCCAAAAUCAAAACCAACAAAACUAAAGCUGAAACCCAAUCCACGAGCUCUCAUCCAACAACCACUAGUCGACCUGGGCUUCGACCUCGUGACAAUAUUCCAAGGCCUCCAAAUCCCUUGUUACAGACCCGCAGACGUGGAGUACGAGCGAACCAUCGCGAGCUCCAAUCUCUUAUACCGAUUCUCGCGGCCCGCAUGUGUUGUUCAUCCCGAGAAUGCGACGCAAGUCCAGGAUGUCAUCCGGUAUGCGAAGUCACAAAAUGUGCCGGUGACCGUCAAAGGGGGUGGCCAUUCGUACUCUGGCGCUUCUUCCGCGGAUGAAGGUAUCCUUAUGGAUAUGGCCUUGAUGAAUAGAGCGCAUCUGUCGGAGGAUAAUAUGACGAUGACUGUAGAGGGGGGUGCGUUGUGGGGUGAUGCUUAUAGACAGUUGAUUAAUGGCCGGCUGGACGGUUAUGUGAUGAAUGGUGGGCGGUGUCCGAUGGUCGGUGUAGCUGGGUUCCUUCUAGGGGGAGGGCUUGGUCCAUUUGGUAGAUCCCUUGGGAUGGGAUGCGAUCAAGUGAGAGAGAUCACUAUCGUCGUCGCCGAUAGAACAAUCGUUACUGUCAAGAAAACGUAUAAGCGAGAUUCGGAGAAGGGAAAGCUUUUCUGGGCCCUCUGCGGUGCUGGAGCAGGAAAACCCUUCGGUGUGGUGACUGAAAUGAAGAUUCGCGUGUGUAACCUAAGAGGCGAGACCGUCACUGGUGGGAGAUAUACUUGGUUUCCAAAACUGGCGGAGCUGGACCCCGACGAGACUGAUGCCACGAAAAUCAGGGCCAAACGGGCGGAGGCCAAAGAAGAUGAGCGAAAACUGAUAGAUAUGAUGCAAACUUUCUAUACAGCAACUUGGAAAGACAAAUUUACCUGUGAUUCCACUUGGAUUUCUGACACUAGGGAAGCGAAUGGGGCUCUUGGAAUUCGCUACACUACUGUAAGUACGCAAAAUUCUGUUUUGUCACUCCUUACACAUUUCUCAGGCUCCUCAUCAACUCCCAGAUGAGUAAAAGUUGGAGGGUGCCGUGUAAGCCCCUACAGCUCUCAUUUUCCCCGAUACUGACCAUCAUAUUUUGUAGUAUUACGAUAGCGGGACGACCGCAUUCCAAGCACAAAUCGAUAGACUAGUUAAGCACGAAGAUCUAAAUCGGCAACUAAAACGAAGAUGUCUUCCCGAGAAAUCCACCCGAUUCCUGCACGAGACACUUGUAGUCCAAUGGGCAGAAGAAACCAAAGCAGCUUUUCCAUCAGACCCCAGCUACCGCCUCUUUGCCUCAUUCAAUUUGGAGAUGGACCCCAAGAUACUCAAGAAAUUUACCGAACGAGUUGUAAAGGCUCAUAGAAGUUUCAAAAAAGAAUUUGGAAAGGAAAAGGAUUGCCUAUUCUACAUCGCUUUUAUCAGCGGAGGUGGCCAGCAGAUAAAAAAGAAAGACCAGACUAGUUGUGACCCUUGGCGAAAUAAGACCACCUACUAUGCUUACGGGAUGUUUGAGUGGAAAGACAAAUGGCUGGAGAGAGACAUGAGAAAGUUCUAUCAAACGGUGAUAGAUUCAUUAACACCCCUAGCCAUAGACCAGAAGGCAUCUUUCUCCAACUUUGCUGCACGAGACUUAGCACCAGAUAAUUAUGAGGAAGCAUGUUACGGCGACAACGCCGCUGAGCUCCGGGAGAUCAAGAAGUUUUGGGAUCCGGAUUACUUCUUUGCGCAUGAGCAAGCUGUCAAGCAUCCUGAACCUUAA